CUUUUACUCAAUUCUUUGGCCAAUAGCAUGGCGAUCUAAUCUGACUACCACCAGUUCUCAGCACCAAGGCCAAGAAAACAUGUCGUCUCUCUAUGAAAUAAUGGCGGGGCUUCCCGAAGGCUACGUGUUGAGAACCUACGCCAGUUUGAAGGUCCUUGAGAUGACAGCAAAGGAGGUUCGUGACAAGCUCGAGCACAAUGAUCAAGAGGGAAAUCAAUACAUUGUCAUCCUCGGUCUCAGCAAGCAGGCCGCCGAGCGUUUGGGAGGAGAUCCGCCUCGUCUUGGGGAUGUCGUGUACCGCUUCACACUGGACGGCUCCACCGGUGUCCUCAAAGUCGUCCCGUCAUGGCCGCACGAAAGAGUAACCGGAGACUUCAAUCUCCAGUUAUCCGCCCUUUUCACUACUGCUGGAGUUCCACUUGGCGAUUUCGGAUGGGCUCGUUCUAUGCGAUAUCCAGGCACAUCUUCCGACAGACAAAAAGAGGCCGAUGAGUGUCUAGUUCCAGCGACGAGAAUGCCAACAGGCCAGACGGAAGGAUGGCCGACGCUGGUCUUCGAGACUGGUGUCUCGGAAUCUUUGUCAAGACUUCGCAACGAUGCUAGAUGGUGGUUCAACAACUCGAAGGGUGCAGUGAGAAUUGUCCUUGUAAUCUCCAUCAAGAGAUCUGGAAACAAAGAGGUCACCAUUGAAAAGUGGCAGCUUUUACCCCCCGGAGCGCCUCAACCAGUGACCCGGGCAGUUAUAGAUUCUUUUCGCUAUAUUCAUCCAGCACCCAUGCCCCCUCUUGUCCAUCAACCAGCCGUUAGCCAGCAUCCCUACGAUGCCCAGGUCAUCAAGAUCACUCAAAACAGCGUCACCGGCGGUCCUCUAGUUCUUCCAUUCAGGGCAUUGAUGGAUCGUCCUCCUCAGGGUCAGGAAAGAGAUAUUGUGCUCCAUGACCAGGAACUGAGGUUCUGCAGCCGCUCUGUGUUCUAGUGCUUCUUACUAUUGAGUACUUUAGAUUCAC